GUCUCCAAGAUGAAUGCUACAGCAAUGAGCCCACUCACUGUUACUCCACUGGGUUUUGUUCCAGACUUAAAAAAUUCCACCCUUGAUCCUCUCAAUGAGACUGCAUGUGAAAACUGGAAAGAGAUUCAUCAUCUUGUUUUCCACGUGGCAAACAUUUGCUUUGCGGUUGGACUGGUUAUUCCAACUACUUUGAAUCUUCAUAUGAUUCUUCUGCGAGGCCUGCUCACCAUAGGAUGUGCAUUAUUCAUCAUUUGGGCUACACUCUAUCGUUGUGCCUUGGACAUAAUGAUCUGGAAUUCUGUGUUUUUGGUUGUCAACCUUUUGCAUUUCAUAUACCUAGUGUAUAAAAGAAGACCGAUCAAGAUAGAGAAGGAGCUCAGCAGCCUCUACAAGAGAAUGUUUGAACCUCUCCAUGUGCCUCCAGAGCUUUUCCAAAGACUAACUGGACAAUUCUGCAACAUUCAGACUUUGAAGACAGGUCAAGCCUAUGCAGCAGAAGAUAAAACAUCAGUUGAUGAUAGGCUGAGCAUCCUGCUGAAGGGGAAAAUGAAGGUGUCUUAUCGAGGGCAUUUUCUGCAUAAUAUUUACCCCUGUGCCUUUAUAGAUUCCCCUGAAUUUCGAUCAACACAGAUGAACCGGGGUGAGAAAUUCCAGGUUACUAUUAUUGCAGAUGAUAACUGCAAGUUCCUGUGCUGGUCCAGGGAACGGCUGACUUACUUUCUGGAGUCUGAGCCAUUUCUGUAUGAGAUCUUUAAGUACCUAAUUGGCAAAGAUAUUACAAAUAAACUUUAUUCAUUGAAUGACCCAACCUUAAAUGACAAGGCUUCGAAGAAGAUUGAUCGGCAGCCCAGCCUUUGCUCUCAGCUCUCGGUGAUGCAGAUGAGGAACAGCAUGGCCAGUACCAGUGACAGCGAGGACGGCUUGCAGAUGUUUCUUCGUGGGACUUCCUCUGCCUCCUCUCUUCUGCAUGUCCCUGAGAAGAGUCUGGCUCUCUCUGCUGUGUUGCCUCCCAUCAGUGACAGGUCCAGCAGAGUGCCUUCCCUAGCUGACUCACCGAUCACUCGCACGAAGGAAUUGUCUGCUACAUUCCAGAAAUCUCCUGGACUGCCUGCUCCCAGCCCUGUUGCCUUUCCACCAGAUACUGGGGUGGUUAAAGCUGCCCACGAGCACCAAGGCCUGUGAUCCAGUUGCUGAAAGAAAGCUGCUUUCUUUGAUCUUCUUCAUCAGGCAGCAGCCUGUAGCAGAUUCCUGCCAUGAAGUCUCCUGUGUUGGUCUGUCCUCUGGUCUUUACCUUGAAACCCUCAAGUGCUUUUCACCUGUUCCACAGCAAACUUCCGUGAAAUUGAAGCCACUCCUUUGCAUAGAGAGCCUUGGGGUGGAUUUGCACUCUUGGAAAGAAAUUGUAAAACUGUGUUUGUGUGAUUGGUUAGAAUUAAAAUGUCUCUAUCAGGCUUAACAGCAAAACACUUACAUCAGUAUUUCAGCUUUGGGAGAAAGUAAUUGAAAUGCAUGACAAGUUCAGCUGUAAUUAUGUAAAUCCCCAAGAUGCAUUUGUGCUUAGCACAUACUUGAUAAAUACACUUUUCUCUGUUGUA